GCAAAAACAGCCUGUAUCUUUUUCAAAAACAGAGAGAUUAGCAACAAUGGCUUCUUUUUUGAGUGAACUGCCUUCCAUAUCCACCAUCCUCUCCGCCUAUGCUUCCCUCUCCGCCGCCAUCAUGCUAUUCCGCACAAUGUUGUCUGACAUGGUUCCCAGCCAAAUACGAGAGUACAUUUUCUCAAAGUUCUCCCAAUCACUGUCCUACUACUUCUCCCCUAACUUCACCUUUAUCGUUGACCAAAACUGGCAAGCAGUGAGUAACUACACAUAUCGUGCCGUGGAGACAUAUUUGCCUACCAUAAUCGGCACCUCUGCUGAUAGUCUCCUCAUUGGGUCCUUUUCAUCAUUGGUCCCUCACAACCCCGACCUGAGAAUUCCGGUUGGCUGUAAGAUAACCGACGAGUUCCAGGGUAUGAAAUUGGAAUGGUCUCUACAUAAAGAGACCAAGUCCUCUAGUUCCCAUUGGGACAACGGGUUUUGGUACUCGUACCGGCUCAAGUGCAAGAAAAGUGACCAACAAAAAGUCAUGGCGACCUACUUGCCUCACAUUUACAGCAUCGCACAAACCAUCCUGAGCAAGCGUGAAAACCUCCACAUCCAUACCUACAACAAAGGUAUGGGUGGGUGGAAAUCCGCAGUUUUCAAGCACCCUGCUACAUUUGCUACUCUGGCUAUGGACCCAGAGAGCAAGUCGGAGAUAAUCAAAGACCUUGAAACCUUUGUUCAACGAAAGGAGUUUUUCCAGAGAGUAGGUAGAAGCUGGAAACGUGGAUACCUUUUGCACGGUCCACCAGGAACUGGAAAAUCCUCCUUGGUUGCAGCCAUUGCCAAUAAGUUGAGAUACAAUAUAUAUGAUCUUCAGCUUCAAAGUGUUCGAAGUGAUGCUGAAUUGAGAAGUAUCCUCACCUCAACUACAAACCGAUCAAUUCUCCUUGUUGAGGACAUAGACUGCAGCACAAAAGCAUCCCGAGAUCGAACCAUGAUUAGAGAUGAACAAGAGGAGGAUGGCGAAGACGAGUCAGACCAAAGCCCUUCUUCUUCUGAUCCUGGGAUUACAUUAUCUGGGUUGCUUAAUUUCACUGAUGGUCUGUGGUCGAGCUUCGGAGAUGAGAGACUCAUCAUCUUCACAACGAAUCACAAGGAAAAAUUGGACGCUGCUCUGUUACGUCCGGGACGGAUUGAUCGUGAUGUCUUCAUGGGUUACUGCACUUUCGCAGUAUUCAAACAGCUUGCAAACACCUACCUGCAAAUCGACAAUCAUCAUCUCUUUGAUACCAUUAAAAAUCUUCUUAAAGAAGUAUCUGUUACUCCCGCGGAAGUUGCACAGCAGCUCAUGAGAAGUGACGAGCUCCAAGGCAUUUUAGAGAGUUUCAUUGAAUUCCUUAAAGGGAAAGUAGGGAACAAAAUUGAAGAAGAAAACUAACUUUUUCUCUAUCUAAUUAAUAAUCCUUGGUGGAGAAGUAGCUAUGUGCAGCCAUGAUGCCAUGGCUUCUACCAUGGUUCAAACUAACCUGGUUUGACCCUGCUGUUGUACAUAAACACUAGUAUGUAUA